AUGUUACGGGCGACAUCGAUUUCGCUGAAGUCGACUCGACAAGUUCCACGAAAGGUGGACUAUCAGAACAGUCCCUCGAUUUACAAGUCAAUCGUGAAAUCUGGAAAGAAACGUGCCUUCCAAAGACGCCGUGAACCCGUUGACUCCAUGUGGACUAGACCGAGCCAUCCAGCCGAUGUGAAGAGAGAGUACCUUUUUGAAAAUGAGCGAGAUCUCGAGCGUUGGAUUCGCACUGGAAAGUUUUCUGAACUCGUCGAUGAACAGAAAUUCAAAAAGCUAGAAUUUGUUUUGGGAACAGUUCAUAAACGAAUCGCCUCCAAUCGUGUUGAGGUCUUAGUACAAGAUGCUGAGUAUUUAUACAUAACACACAGCUUCAAUCAUGAGGAAGCACUUGUAGCCGUUGUCGAUGACGGAAAAACCUGUCCUGGAGAUUAUAUCUUUGCUAGAAAAAUCGACGAAAACAGUCCUAUUGCUACCCACGAGCUUCAAGACAUCAUCCGCCACAGUGGUCAUGUUCAGUGUCCCCUAACUGGCUGGCUUAUAAGAGAAAACAAACUUGUAGAUCCUGCAGAAGAGGGGGAAAACUGCUUUGAUCGAAGCUAUAUCGAAGAAAUGCAUGAUCAGUAUUUAGAUCGACGAGUGCACAAUUAUAAAUAUCGGGACGAUUUCAACCGUGACCAUACAACGUACGAACUGCGGUGGAAUACCGAUGAAAUCGAGCAUUCAGCAUCAUUAACAGAGUCCUCUAAACAAGCUCAUAAAUCUGCCGAUUCUCUGCGACAGAAGCGCAUUCAAUCGCUUAGAUCCAAACUUAAAUCUGAAUAA